UCAGGCAAAGCUCUCCUAAUAGGAAGGUAACAGGGGGGACCUGGUGGGCCAGGCCUGGCUCUCCAGGACAUUGACAGUCAAGGCAGGAGGUGAUCAGGCCAGAGUCUCAAGAGUGGCCUCCAGAUUCAGGGGCCUUCACGGUAGGAGGAGUAGGCUGGUGUGACCUGGCAGGGAUCCUAGGUCAAGGUGCAGCUGGGGGCCCCCAGGAGAGCUGUGAGAUAGGGUUACCAGGGCUGAAUCCUCCUGCCCAAUUCCCACUCUGAAGGGGGAGCACCCACAAAGACACAUCCAAGAGGACCAAGACUUCCAGGGCUUUCCUGGGGACAGGCUCCACUGGCUACAGACAGUACCUGAGUAGACCUGCAUGGACAUCCCCAUCAGCAGCAGAGACUUCCGCUGCCUACAGCUGGCCUGCGUGGGCCUCGGCCUGGUGGCCGGCAGCAUCAUCAUCGGCGUGUCUGUGUCCAAAGCUGCAGCUGCCGUGGGUGGCUUCUUUAUUGGUGCCGCCAGUCUGGGGCUUCUCAUCUUGGCCUACCCAUUCCUCAAGGCUCGGUUCAGCCUGGACCACAUUCUGCCUACCAUAGGACCCAUUUCUUCGAACUCCACUCCUAAAUCAGCCCAGAUCAUGUGGGAGACCUCCAGGAAUGUGGCAGAGCAGAAACAGCAGCAGGGAUGGAAAUGAGACAGCAGGAAGGACUUCCCUUCCCAAAGCAGGACUUGAUCUGACAAUGGCUUAGUAACCAGGGUCCUUGGGGCGGUCUUAUUCCACAGGGAGCCUGAGAAUCCACCCCCACCCAGGGCCAGACCAUGGCGAGGGAAGAUCCAGUGCCAAUGGCAAUAAAGAGGGUAAGUUAAAAAUUCCAGAGUCCAUCUUCCGUCUUUGCUCUCUGGCUGAGCAGCUCUGUGGGACCCUGGAAAAAGCCUUGAGAGACACACAGUAGAG